AAACAACCACGUUUGAAAGAACGAGAGUGUGCUGUGGCAGCGUGCUGCACACGUGAGCAUAUUUGAGCCAACCUUCGAAAGAGAGCGAAAUUUCGACCCGUCCUCCACGGGCCGUCGUUCGGUACCGAUUGUCAAGACAUGAUUGCUUAUUGCCCUCCUCUUCUUAUCUCGUCUGUUUGUUCGCGUUCCCUUCAAUCACCUCUCCCCUCUACCCUACGCUCGGAAACCCUUCAUACCUAACCGUGCACGAUCGUGGCCCAUUCCUCACACCCCUUCCAGCUGCAUCAACAGCGACCGAGAGAACCGUGCUCGCCAGCACCAGCAGCAGCAGCAGCAGCUCACAUACAUGCUCUAGGUACGUAGUGAGGGUUUCAGUAUUUAAGCACGAUCGGGCCCACGAGAAGGUCAGCAGACAGCAUUCGGCGAUCGUUUCGGGCGGCACCUCCGAUCGGACGCAGUGAAAGUGUGCGCCUCGAAUUCGAGCAGACGUACACAAAACACACCUGCCGGGGGCUGCCGUAGCGUUUCGGUGCGUUUGUUGGUGGGCCAAGAUCAAAACCAAGCGACACGUUGAACGGGCUAGACUGACGCCGCAGUACCGAUCGGAACCCGAUCAGUUGUAUUCGAACGAUGUGCAACGGUGUGGUAUUAGUUUAGGUUCGCUUCUUGAACGGUGAAAGUGUUCUGCAAACCGGUGAAAUAUAGCUAUCAUCAAUAGUGAUAGCCUAUAUUCAAACACUUUCAAUUGGACGCAUUCCACACGGUUGGUGCUCGUUUUAUACCUUUGGUUCCUGGACAAAUUGUCAUCAUGGCGUCGUGUUUGCGGUUUGCAUCGGUCCGGUGCGUGUUAUUGCUGUUAAGUGGCCUUUUGUUCGUCCUAAUCUGUGAUAUUGAUCGUGCACAGGGUGCUUCCGUAUACAAAUCACCUAAUCUCGACGACGCUCGCUUUUGGCGACGCAAUGCCGAAACCUACCUCAAGAAAGUACUGAUGUACGAUGAAAACCGUCGUAUGAUACCGUCAGUGGCGAAGAACAUCAUCAUCUUCGUGGGCGAUGGAAUGGGCAUUGCCUCACUAUCAACCGGGCGCAUCUUUAAGGGCCAGCGGGCUGGUCGGUCGGGCGAGGAGGAACAGCUCAGCUUCGACAACUUCCCCAACACUGGUAUGUCGAAAACGUACAAUACCGACAGACAGGUACCGGACUCUGCCGGUACAGCCACUGCCAUGUUCUCAGGUGUCAAGACAAAGUACGGCGUGCUGGGAGUGGACUACACGAUCACCGAGACGAACUUGGAGGCGGCCAAAUUGCCCUCGUUUAUGGAUUGGGCACAGGAGGAAGGCAAGCGAACGGGUAUUGUGACCACGACGCGCGUCACUCAUGCUACGCCCGCCGCUUGCUACGCUCACUCGAUUAAUCGAAACUAUGAGUGUGGGGCUAAAAUUCCAGUACAUUUGAAGAAUCGCAUCAAGGACAUCGCUCGCCAGAUGAUGGAGGAUGCACCAGGGAAAAAUCUGAACGUCGUGUUGGGUGGUGGCAGGAACCAUUUCGGUGCAUCGAUGCCAAACCAUCUUAAGCCGGAGUAUCAAUUCCAAGGAGCGAUGGAGAAAACUUGCAUGCGAACCGAUGGACGCAACUUGGUGGAGGAAUGGAAGCUACGCUGGAACGGCACGAAUGCUGCGUACGCGUGGAAAACCUCCGACCUGAGAGCAGUCGAGCUGGAUAAGGUUGAUCAUCUACUGGGGCUGUUCAAUGACGAUCAUUUGAGCUACGAUACGGUGCGCGAUCGUACUCCCGAUGGCGAGCCCUCGCUGAGUGAGAUGACGGAGGCAGCAAUCAAGGUUCUACAGCGGCCAGAUUCCGCAGGGUUUGCUCUAAUGGUUGAAGGCGGCCGAAUUGAUCACGCACAUCAUCAAAACCAUGCCCAUCUAGCACUGGCCGAGGUGGUGGAGUUAGAUAAAGCAGUAGAAACUGCGCUCAAAUUGGUAGAUCUAGACGAAACGCUCAUUAUCGUAACGGCGGAUCAUUCACAUGCGAUGACCUUCAACGGCUAUCCAGAUCGAGGAAACGAUAUUCUAGGCUUUGGCAAUCGACCGAACGCGACUCCCUACGAAACGAUAACCUACGCAAACGGACCAGGCUUCCUGCAGCAUCGCUGGAACUCUAGCCUGCUGAGCGAGGAGUCGACCGACUGGGCGACGUGGAUUAAGCUGAAUCAACUCAACCGGAGUGAAGUGACUUACAAGCAUCUCUCCGCGUUCCCGCUGCCGGAUGAAACGCACGGCGGCGAAGAUGUGGCCGUGUUUGCAUCCGGCCCCGGUGCUAAUCUUGUACGCGGCACGUUCGAACAAAACUACAUUGCGUACGUCAUGAGUUACGCCGGGUGUAUGGGACCGGCAAAACGGUUUAACCUUGCCUGCGACGAUGAUUUUCCUCGUACAGCAGCCGAAGCGUCUGGUGCUCAACGUGCCGUCAGCAGUAUUGUUCUAGUCAUUGCCUUCCUGCAUGCCAUGGUUAGUUUAGUAGGACGAAUGUAAAUUUUAAGAAUUAUCGUAUUGUAUCAAUUAGGUACUGUCGUUUAAGAUUAAGAUCGUAGAUGCUGGCGUCAAAAUCAUAGAAAUUUACCUAAAACACCAUCAAAUAUACAGAUUCGUUUCAAAUUGUAAGCGUAUUAUCAAACGAGUACGAUCAAUUGAAGCAGGAAUUGAAACAAACGUGGAAUAUCAUAAAGUGUAAAGCUUGUAUUAAUAAUUAAAAUUUUAAUACACAAGUCGGUUAUAAUGAUAAACAAUAGACAAAACAAUAUGAAGCCAGCUAUUUGUUUCUUCAAAUCAUUCAAUGCUAUUCCAAACAAGCUAAUUUUCUCUCCGUAACAGUAUGAACUAGUACGCUUCACAAUGUUUAUCAUUUGCUUUUCUGCUUCACUCCUUGACGGGAUUUCAUACACCUCUUUCACAAGACGUUGCGUUGGUGUUCUUUGAAAAUGAUGAUGAAACGAGGCGAGCUUCACCUAGAAAAGUCGAGCGUGUUCUUUAUCAUCUACUCCAAGCUCCUUGGGGACCCUGCUACACCAUUUAUCACAUGUCGCACUUCAUAAAUAAGGUACCAAGCGAUGCAAGAAAUGAAUGCACGCAACAGCCUGUUCCAUUGCAGCAUGGUACACCAAGCUGUAAGUAAAAAUUACGACACACAUCGUUUCUAGCGCAAUCGAGAUUAUUAUUAGGGUGAUGGUGCAUUGGCACUGACAUUAUGCGCAAGAGAAGAUGCUGGUGUUUUAUUUUACUCUACGCGUUGAAAACCAUCGUUAGCCUUCACCAUUCAUGCUUGGUGCAGCAGAGCUGAUUCCCCAUUCUUAUAGGGUUUCUCUGCGAAACCAUUUUCCAUUAUAUUACCUUUGCAGAAUCUAACGGAAAGACUCAUGGGAAGGAGGUGAUAGAGGGUGCAUAGUACACCACCGUUUACCUUCGUGACCCGUUCUGACAAGCUUAUUGUCGUGCAGGUUGUCUGAUAAGCAGGUGUUGUUAACUUUUAAUGAUGCUAGGGUGUAAGAGUGAAUGCGUUAAAAUGGGCGCUAAUUAUUCUAUUGCAAUGAAAUUAUCAUCCACGCAUUACGAUGAUAGGUGUAGCAGAAAGGCUAAUACUGCUAGAAAGGUAAUGUGUUGCACACUUCCCCAUGCUCAAUUUAAUGCAUAUUUGAUGUGAAAGGGACUUAUUAAUGGACAAUUUAUGUAAUAGAUAGGUGUCGGAUAUAUCUAUACAGAACUACGUGAUUUCACCUUUCAAUGUCAUUUUAUUUCAUUUCUCAGAUUCUA